GCAAAGAUGGGCGGGCGGCAGGCAAGGCAUCAUCAUGCCGUGCCACCAGCUGCGGCUCAGCCGAGCACUUGGCUUGUGGAAAAUGCAAAGGAAUUGAUCUCCGUUCAAAAUCCACACCCUACCCUUUGGCUGGCAGUUGGCUCCAUCAUAAAAGGACCACAUUCGCUCCGUGCCCAAGAGACACCCAAACGGUCAGACCAUUGCUCACCAGCGCGAGCAGAGGAGCGACCGUUUCUUCGAGGGAGAGCAGAGCAGAGUAGCUUGGCUGCUCGAGAGAGCUGAGAGGCUGAGGGAAGGAAGGAGAUGGCUUCCUUGCCUGAUCCCACGGUGUACUACCCAACCUCCUCCAACGCCAUCCUGCGCGCGCACCCGUCCACCGCCGCGUCGUCCAAGGGCUCGUUCGGCCCGGUCUUCGCGGUGCUCUCGGUGAUCUCCGUCCUGGCCGUGGCCGCCUGCGUCGUGGGCCGGCUCUGCGGCCGCCGGCUCUCCAGGAAGAAGGCCGCCGACCACGACUUCUACGGCUCCGACGCCGUCGGCGGCGACCUGGAGAAGGGCUUCGAGGUCAAGUACCCGCCCGCCAUGAAGCCCAUGGCGAGCUCCCGCGCCAUGAUCCACGACAUCGACGACGGCUUCGAGAUCAAGUUCGCGCCGGGGAAGCCCGCGGCGUGGAAGGGCGACGGCAAGGCUGACAACAACAAGGGGCGCCAGCAGCAGCAGCAGCAGCAUCAGGUCCAUCACCACCAGGGCCAUCAGCCUCAGCCGCAGCUUGUUGGCAUGAUGCCCAAAGGCUACGCCGUGCCCAAGGAGUACGCGGGAUUCAGAUACCCCGCGGACGCCGUGGUCAGGCAGGGCCAGAUAAGGGGCGGGGCAUUCAUUCCAGCAAAGCCUAGUACAUGAUCAUAUAGCAAGUACGUAGCUUAGGUUCACAACUCGAUUGAUGGUAUCACACAUGAUACGUACAAUCUCCUCAUCAUCCCAUGGGCCAACGAUAGGGUCUCCAUCUUCACUAUAGCUAGUUUUUUGGGGCGGAGUGUGCAAAGCUUGUACUACUAGUUCCAGGCACUUCCAUAUUGCAGUUUGUACAUGAACCCAUUAAGCAGUGAAGAAUAUCUCAUUCUCA